UAUAUGUGAUUUCAAAACAUAGAUCUUAAAACUAACCAUGAUUCGUAAAAGAUGCAUGUCUGGUCUUGCAAAUAUGCGUGAUAUUUUGAGGACCCAGCUCUCUGCAAUACAGGAAGCAGGUACUUGGAAAACUGAAAACGUAAUUACUUCACCACAGUCUAAUGUGAUAACAGUUGAAGGAAGUGAUAAUAAACUGCUGAAUUUUUGUGCUAACAACUACCUUGGAUUGUCGUCUCAUCCCGAAGUCAUCAAUGCAGCUAGAAAAGCAUUAGAUACACAUGGUGCUGGCUUAAGUUCUGUCCGAUUCAUAUGUGGAACACAGGAUAUCCAUAAAGAUUUGGAAAAAAGUAUUUCUCACUUUCACAAUCGUGAAGAUACAAUUUUGUAUAUCAGUUGUUUUGAUGCAAAUGCAGGUUUGUUUGAAAGUUUACUCACACCAGAAGAUGCAAUCAUAAGUGAUGAAUUAAAUCAUGCUUCCAUCAUUGAUGGCAUCAGAUUGUGCAAAGCGAAGAAGUAUAGAUACAAACACAGAGAUAUGCAAGCAUUAGAGAAACAACUAAUUGAUGCACGUGAAUCUGGUGCAAGAAUGAUAUUGAUUGCUACUGAUGGUGUGUUCAGUAUGGAUGGAACUGUGUCUCCAUUGGAAGAAAUCUGUGAUUUAGCGGACCGAUAUGAAGCACUUACCUUUGUCGAUGAAUGCCAUGCAACAGGUUUUGUUGGUAAAACUGGAAGAGGUACUGAAGAAUUUUUGGAUGUUGCUGGAAGAGUUGACAUUAUUAACUCUACACUUGGGAAAGCUCUAGGAGGCGCAGCAGGUGGAUACACUACUGGUCCGAAAGAAUUAAUUUCAUUAUUACGCCAAAGAUCUCGUCCAUACUUGUUCUCCAAUACAAUGCCCCCACCUGUCGUCGCAAGCGCGAAAAAGGUGUUUGAUAUUUUACUGCAAGGAACAGACUUAACAGAAAAGGUUGUUGAAAAUACAAAACUCUUCCGAAGUAGAAUGAAGCAAGCAGGUUUUAACGUCAUUGGUGAUGAUCAUCCAAUCUGUCCAGUAAUGAUGCCAGAUGAGAGGACAGCCGUCAAUUUCGCAGACGCCAUGUUAAAACGAAAUAUCUUUGUGAUUGGUUUUACAUUUCCGGUGGUACCUCGAGGUAAAGCUCGAAUUCGAGUUCAGUUAUCUGCUGUGCACUCCACCGCAGACGUGAACGACUGUGUUGAUGCGUUCAUUGAUGUGGGAAAGUCAUUAAAUGUUCUGUCGUGAAAUUAAGGACUUGUUCUGUUGUCUUGUGGAUGGAGUUUUUGUCGUCAUUUUUUAAAUUUUUGUUAGUUUUUUAGACGGAUGCACAAAACGGACUCUCAAUUACAUUUAAAACCUUUUUACAGUGAACAUUUUCAGGACUUUAAAGAGGCUUUUGUUAUUCAGAGGUGUCCGCUACAUAAAAAUUCUUCGUCAAUAGGCUUAUGUAGCCUUAAGAGCAAGCACUAACCAACAGUCAGAAUGAAAAUAUAAAAUUUGAAGUACCUAAGACAAGAAUCUAGGUAACUCAGCAAUUUUGAAGCUGAAUAUGGAAAAAAAUUGCUUAUAAAAAAAAUAUGGAUGAAAAUAAAUGACCCAGAGGUUUUCAAAAAACUAAAAUUUUGCUUUGUUUUAGCGAGGACAAUUUAACAUUUAGAAUUUGUCUAGAAUUUGUAAAUCGAAUAAUACAAAUUCCUCACAAGAAUUCUGUCAUUAGAUUAACUAUUGCGCAUGUAUAAGACAUGGUCAGUUCUAUGGGGUGGGGUGGGGAUGUCGUAAAUUGUGUAAAUUGAAUAAUGCCGAAUAAUCCCAUAGAGGUUUUAUUAUUACAGUAUCCGUUGCAGAAAAGUGUCUCCUUUUCUUGUUAUAAGCGUAGGCAAAUAUAUAACACUCAGCUAAUAUUUAGCCCCAAAGGAAUCCUUUUAACCAUAUACAAGCUAAACAUAUUGCUUAACCUUAGUGAAUCCUUUUGAUGUGCUUCUUCUCUUAUAAAUUAAAAAAUAGUUUUUAAAUUGUUUCUCUAUUAACCCUUUUUGUACCAGAAAGUCGUGCAUUUUGAAAAAAAAAAUCACCCUGUUUGCGCAGGGACAUCCCGUGA